GAGCAAAUGCCAGCAUGAUUAGGGUCUGAGGAAGUGCUCCUGUGUUCCAACCAAGGGUUUGCGGGUGCAGAGGAAGGGUGCAAAGACAUCAGGGACAUUUUGAGCUACUAUGGAUAUCCCCACUGAUUUGGUGCCGUCCUCCAUGAUGUCCCAACCUGAGGUGAUUGAGUCCACAGCCAUGAGCGAACCACAGUGCUACUACAAUGAAACCAUUGCCUUCUUUUAUAACCGAAGUGGAAAAUAUCUAGCCACUGAAUGGAACACUGUCAGCAAGCUUGUAAUGGGACUGGGGAUUACCGUCUGCAUCUUCAUAAUGCUGGCCAACCUCUUGGUUAUGGUGGCUAUUUAUGUCAACCGCCGAUUCCACUUUCCUAUUUAUUACUUAAUGGCCAACUUAGCUGCUGCGGACUUUUUUGCAGGGCUGGCCUACUUUUACUUAAUGUUCAACACAGGACCCAACACUAGAAGACUGACUGUAAGCACCUGGCUUCUCCGUCAGGGUCUCAUUGACACUAGCCUGACGGCCUCUGUAGCCAAUUUGUUGGCCAUUGCUAUUGAGCGACACAUUACAGUUUUCCGAAUGCAGCUACAUACUCGAAUGAGCAACCGGCGAGUGGUGGUCGUAAUUGUUGUUAUCUGGACUAUGGCCAUCGUCAUGGGCGCCAUACCAAGUGUCGGAUGGAACUGUAUUUGUGAUAUCACUCACUGCUCCAACAUGGCACCACUCUAUAGUGACUCCUACCUGGUCUUCUGGGCUAUUUUCAACCUGGUCACAUUUGUGGUCAUGGUAGUCCUAUACGCUCAUAUCUUUGGGUACGUCCGGCAAAGGACUAUGAGAAUGUCCAGACACAGUUCUGGACCCCGCAGGAAUCGGGACACCAUGAUGAGCCUCCUGAAGACUGUGGUCAUUGUGCUUGGUGCUUUCAUAAUCUGCUGGACCCCAGGAUUAGUCUUGCUGCUCCUUGAUGUUUGCUGUCCCCAGUGCAACGUCCUGGCCUAUGAAAAAUUCUUCCUGCUCCUGGCAGAGUUCAACUCCGCCAUGAACCCCAUCAUCUACUCCUACCGGGACAAGGAGAUGAGCGCAACCUUCAAGCAGAUCCUCUGUUGCCAGCGCAGUGAGAAUGCCAACGGCCCCACCGAAGGCUCAGACCGAUCGGCGUCCUCACUCAACCAUACCAUCUUGGCUGGCGUCCACAGCAACGACCACUCAGUGGUGUAA